AUGGAGCACAUCAGCGCCGUAGCUGAGCAGGCUCACAAGGUGGUUGCAAGUUAUAAACCUUCGAAGUUUGACAAAAAGAUCCUUCUCUGGACUGGACGUUUCAAGACAGAGGAAGAGAUUCCUCCGUGGAUCCCGCCAGAGAUGCUAGACAGGGCAAGAAACAAAGCUCGAGUUAAAGCUUGUUACAUCAUGAUUGGACUCUCAAUUGUUGCCUGUUUUGCAGUGAUUGCCUCAGCUAAAAAGGCUGCUGCUCGUCACGAGUCCUUGACCAGCUGGAACCUGGCAAAGAAGGCCAAGUGGCGGAAAGAGGCCGCGCUGGCAGCGGAGUCGAAGACAAAGUAACCUCGUGUGAAGUGCCAAAAGUCCUUGUAGGAGCAAAAUUAACUGUUGCUGAGCGAUUAGCGAAUUUCACCAAUAAAUGGAAAACUGUAGUAUUGCACACGCUGGAGCCAACAAGGGUAGUUACAGGAUCACAAAAAAGAAAUGGAGGGUCUCUUUUAUUAGAGAGAUACUCGGUGCACUUGUUGCAAAUUAUUAAAAUUAGAAUGUUUUGCACAUGAUUAAAAGCAGUAAUUAAUUUCAAAGGAGAUGAGGUAGUUUCCUAAGAAUGUCAGGUAUGGGGGGAGCCAAGUUUCCACAAUCUGUCUUGAAAACUUUCUUUUUGGGCUUAUCUUGAGCCGUUACACAGGUAAGAGUUCCAUACAGAAAAACCAGCUGUGUUUUUCAACGAAAGGCUGAAUGCAGCAAAGCCCAAGCAGUAGUGAAGUGAAGGUACGAAAACCGCAAA